GGUCCGCCUCUUCCCGGAAGAAAGAUGGCCGCGGCCUAGGCGCGUCCCGUCGGAGGCGUCACGGGCGCUCGGGCCCCGCUUGGCGGAUCCUGGGCGAGGGGAGGGAGGCCGCUCCUGGCCACACUUGCGGGACAUCCCGAAGUCCGGACCCAGGUGGCCAUGGCGUCCAGGCGGGCUUCCCUCCGUGGCCUGGUGUCUCACUGCCUCUGGCUGUUGGGGGUCGUCCUGCUGAUGGAUGUGUCUGCCCGGCCUGCCAACCACUCAUCCGCUCGGGAGAGGGCAGGCAACAGGGAGGAGCGGGAGAUCCUGCCCCCGGACCACCUGAAUGGGGUGAAGCUGGAGAUGGACGGGCACCUCAACAAAGACUUCCACCAGGAGGUCUUCCUGGGGAAGGACACGGAGGGGUUCGAGGAGGACGCGGAGCCACGGAGGAGCAGGAGGAAGCUGAUGGUCAUCUUUUCCAAGACGGGACGGGGCGGGAUGAGGGCGGAGCACAGGUGGCGGGCAGCGGGGCUGAGGGGCGUGGUGGGUUUUGCCCGUGGGUGGGUGGGAGGAGACCGGGCAGCUGCAGGUGGGGGCAAGGAAGGACGGGCGGGUGGGAUGCUCCUGCAGGCCGAGCGGAGACGUCAGGAGCCCCGGUCACUGAGCGGGGCUGAGGGGGAGCAGCCAGCAGGCGUGCGUCUGUCCUCGGCGUCGAAGGCCAAGUCUGGGCGCUGGGUGACAGAUUCAGAGAGAGGACCGUGGCCAGACCAGGGCCUGGGGGGGUUCAGAGGUGAGGAGAAAGGAGAAGCCGCCAGAAGGCUGUGGCGAGAGAGGGCGUCGCUUUCCCGCACGGCCCCCUCCGACGCCGCCCUGGAGGACGGUGAUGGUCAGCUGUGCAUCAAAGCCUCGUCCAGCGUACGGAUUUUAUCACUGUCGUCCGGAGUGAGCUUUGCUGCUUCCAGGGAGCAGAGGAAAGCUGGGGACCGAGCCACCGGCCGUGUGUCGUGGGACGAGUAUAAGGUGAAGUUUUUGGUGAGCAAAGGGCACAACGAGAAAGAAGUCGAGGAGAAGAUGAAGAACGGCGAGGAGCUGAAGGUCGACGAGGAGACACAGGAAGUCCUGGAGAACCUCAAGGACCGUUGGUACCAGGCGGACAACCCCCCCUCGGAUCUGCUGCUGACUGAGGACGAGUUCCUGUCGUUCCUUCACCCCGAGCACAGCCGUGGCAUGCUCAAGUUCAUGGUCAAGGAGAUUGUCCGGGACCUGGACCAGGACGGUGACAAGCAGCUCUCGCUGCCUGAGUUCAUCUCUCUGCCCGCGGGCACGGUGGAGAACCAGCAGGGCCAGGACAUCGAUGACAGUUGGGUCAGAGACCGGAAAAAGGAGUUUGAGGAGCUAAUCGACGCCAACCACGAUGGGAUCGUGACCAUGGCGGAGCUGGAGGACUACAUGGACCCCAUGAAUGAGUACAACGCCCUUAACGAGGCCAAACAGAUGAUCGCCAUCGCCGACGAGAACCAGAACCACCACCUGGAGCCCGAGGAGGUCCUCAAGUACAGCGAGUUCUUCACGGGCAGCAAGCUGAUGGACUAUGCCCGCAACGUGCACGAGGAGUUCUGAGCCCGAGCCCCCCGCCGCCGCCCGCCCCUCCCGGAAGCCUCCCUCCCUCCUGCCGCCCUCGGGCCCCGGGUCCAGGCUCCUCGAAGUUGUGCUCGAGCAGGCCGGAGCCCCCGAGGCGCGCCACGGGCCGGCCGCCCCUGUGCGCGGGGCCCCACGUGCUGCCACGUGUCACUUCUGGGAAGCGGGUGCCGUCGUGCGAGAGCACGGACCGCAGUGGCGCCCUGCGGGCUCACCACACCUGUGGGAAGUAACGCGGCUCCUGCCGCCUCCUUAAAGACCGAGCGGUGGAGCUCGUGCUCGAAUGUGCUGCCGGUGGCCAGUGGCUGGGGGUGCCUGCCCUUCCGAGCGGAGGACGCUCGGUCUCCGAAAACACAAACACUUGUGACAAGAAUCUUAUGAAUUUACUUUAAAAUAUAGUUGCCUUUUUCUCCCA